UGGCAAUACGUUAGCUGCAUGCCACGCAUCCAGUUUCGCAGCAAUUAGCGAUGCUGCAGCAUAAUUGUUCCGUGACAAUAUUAACAGCCCACCACUGUGAAUGCUCUGGGUGAGUAAUCAGGAGCCCGGGACAAUGAUAAUACGUUCCGAGUGUUUGGGGAGCCGUGACAGCAGCUGCUUGAAGACAAAGCGGCGGAUGGUAGAGGAAUCUGCAAUUGACCCCAGACAUGCUACAGUCCCUCCUGUCCCACAGUCUGGAAGCUGGGUACAAUGUCGUCUGCUCCCAAAUCCCGGUGGGCAGAGGAUGACGCCGACACCCAAGCAUACCUCGAACAGAAAAAGCGCGAGAAGGAAAAGAAGAAACAAGCAAAGGCGGAGAAGCAGCGCCAGCUCGAAGAAGCCCAAAGACGAGCUAAUCCUCCUACACUUGCCAGCGAGGCGGCGGAUGCAAAUGGCGCGGCUGAAUCUCGAGUACGCGAAGGCAGCGCAGAGCGACCAGUGAAGAGAAGAAGACUGUCGAUCGAUAGGGGCGAUACUCAACGCGUCGUUGCUGAAGAUAAACCCGGCGCCCUGCUUCAGUUUCCCGGUUCGGAAUGGGGUCCGUGUCGCCAUGUAGACAACUAUGAGAGACUAAAUGCUAUUGAAGAGGGAUCCUACGGUUGGGUUUCGAGGGCCAAAGAAGUCACUUCGGGAGAGAUCGUCGCCAUCAAGAAGCUCAAGAUGGAUAAUACGUACGAUGGAUUCCCGAUUACUGGACUCAGAGAGAUUCAAACAUUGCAGGAAUCUCGUCAUCCGCACAUCGUUAGAUUGCGAGAAGUCGUGAUGGGAGAUACUAUGGACGACGUAUUUUUGGUUAUGGACUUCCUGGAGCAUGACCUGAAGACCCUCCUCGACGAUAUGCGCGAACCAUUUCUGCCGUCCGAGACGAAGACCCUGUUGCUGCAGAUUAUGUCUGCGGCUGAGUUCCUUCACUCGCAUUGGAUUAUGCACCGCGACCUAAAGACAUCCAACCUUUUAAUGAAUAAUCGCGGCGAAAUCAAGCUUGCGGAUUUCGGCAUGGCUAGAUACUAUGGUGACCCGCCACCCAAAUUGACCCAGUUGGUGGUGACCUUGUGGUAUAGAUCGCCGGAACUUCUCCUCGGCGCAGAGAAAUACGGCCCAGAAAUUGAUAUAUGGAGUAUUGGCUGUAUAUUUGGCGAACUGCUCACUAAAGAACCGCUUCUACAAGGGAAGAAUGAAGUUGAGCAGCUAUCAGAGAUAUUCAAACUCACCGGCCCUCCCAAUUCACAAAUUUGGCCCGGCUUCCGCUCCCUACCCAACGCAAAAUCCCUCCGCCUUCCACCCUCCUCCACAACCUCCUCGAAGCGCUCCACCAACGUCCCGCUCCUACCCCGCUCCAAGUUCCCAUACCUUACCACCGCCGGCCUAACGCUCCUUUCCGACCUCCUGGCGCUCAACCCUGCAUCCCGACCUACAGCGAAAGAUUGCCUCUCUUACCCUUACUUUCGUGAGGAUCCCAAACCAAAACCAAAAGAGAUGUUCCCUACGUUCCCAUCCAAGGCAGGCAUGGAAAAACGAAGGAAGCGAGAUACACCCGAGGCACCCAAGAGAGGCGAAGAGGCGCCGAGUUUGGACUUCGCGAAUGUUUUUGGGGGAGGGGGUGGUGCAGAGAGUGGAAUGGAGGCUGGAGCAGGCUUUACGCUACGAUUGGGCUAGGAUGGAAUUCAUUUUAGUUCCUUUUGUUUUCCCGUCUUAUCAAAUAUAGCGUCAAGCGGGGGGCAAGCCCUGGUAGAAUAUCAUAUAUGCAACUUGUGGGAAUGAGCACUGGGACCUUGUGAGCCUUCCUAUCUUCUAUGAUGUACAGAAAUAUCUCCCUAGUCUGAAAAUA